GCGGAGGCACCUCUCGCUUUCACUCGCCGCGUGGUUGUGCGAAGAGGCUGUCACGGCGUCCGAGAGCCUCAGUAUCCGCCGGAGAGUCGCCGGAGAUACAUUCUCGAUGUUGUUGAUGCGGCAUCGCGAUCGGUGUAACAUCCGAUAUUAAGGGCUCGAGCGAGUGAACGAGCGAGCGGGAGAUUUUCGAAUCACGUCUGCGUGGCCGCGCCGGAAGCGACAGCGAAGCAGCGAAGGAGGAAGAGAGAGAGAGAGAGAGAGAGAGAGAGAGAGAGAGAGAGAGAGAGAGAGAGAGAGAGAAGAAAAUAGAAAAGAAGAGAGGAGAGGAGAUAAGAAGAGAGGGAGAGAGAAGGACCGCGACGAGCGCGGGAGGACGCGAUUAUAAGAGCGAGAGCGCGCGCGGUCUGUGACAGAGGAAGAAGCGCCACUGGAAGGGUGACAGAAAUGGUGACAGUCGGCUGGCUGAGUUUCAGAAGCAGCCUGGUACUGCUAUGCGCACUGUUCAUCGUGGUGUCAGCGUUGUCGCCGAUGGUCAGCCAAUUCGACAUUUCCGAAUACGUCUACGGGGUGGAUGAUGAUUUGCAAGCGAGAGCACGCUCGGCCAUCGAGGCGGAGAGAUUCGUCUACCAAUCACCGGCAAACAGGAUACAGUCGGCGAACGCACCAUGCAGGGUGCGAUCGGAGAGGCCUUGUCCACCGAGCAAAUACAGGACGCCUUCCGGUGUCUGCAAUAACGUGAGACAUCCUGCCUGGGGUGCCAGGGGCUCGCCGUUCCUCAAGUUGCUGCCUCCGGCGUAUUCGGACGGCAUCUCCAAGCCACGUGAAUCGGUGGGCAGCCACAGCCUGCCCACGUCGGCCGACGUGGUCUCGGAGGUUCUCAGCCACCUGAACAGCUUGACGGAGGAAGGCAGCCAUGAGGGCCUCACCAGUCUCUCCGGGCUCUGGUCGGAGCUGGUGCUGCGCGACAUCGCCGUUACGGUGCAGCCGGCGGACCGCAGAGACCGAUGCUGCUGGAACGACAGCAGGCAACGGCCUCCUCGGCAUCCGGAGUGCUACGAGAUGCGCGGCGACAAGUUCGGCUGCAGCAGGUACUGGCGAUCGGUGCCGAGUCUGACGGUGCACGGCUGCCAGUUCGAGGUUCGCGAGCAGAUGAACGGCGCGUCGGCUUACCUGGACGGCUCCGCUGUCUACGGCGCCACUGACGACCGGCUGCACCAGCUGCGCACGUACCAGGACGGCAGAGUCGACCUGGCCGUCUGCGACGUCUGCGAGCCGACGAGCGCGCUCGAUUUGCUGCGGCAAGUCCUCCUACGCGAGCACAAUCGCGUGGCGGACAGGUUGGCGGCCGCGAACGUGCACUGGGACGACACGAAGCUCUUCCUGGAGGCGCGCCGUAUCGUCGUCGCGCAGCUGCAGCACGUCACCCUGAACGAGUACGUGCCGGCGGUGCUGGGGGAAGCCGCGCUCGUCGACCCGGCGCUCGCGCCGCUCGCCAACGGCUUCCAUCACGGUUACUCGUCAUCGAACGAGGCCGGCACCUACGACGCUGUGGCUCUCACGGCUCUACGCGCCCUCGCGUGGACGUGGAGCGCCGGUGAGAACGACACGCAGCUCGAGAGUCAUGUCGCCACCUCGGCCAACCGGCUCCACCUCGCAGCCGCGCCGCACGUGGCUGCCCGACUCGUCCAUAUGGCGCGGGAUCACGGUGUACCCGGAUACGUCGAGUUCUUGGCUGACUGUUUGGGAGAGAGCGUCCAAAUUCAGAACUUCACGAACCUGGCGCGAAUGAUGCGACCGGGACACGCGCAGCUGCUGAGCACCAUUUACACUCACCUGGAGGAUGUGGACCUUCUCGUGGGAGGGAUCUUGGAGACUCCCGUGAACGGCGCCGCGGUCGGACCUACGUUCGAGUGUCUCCUGAAGAAGCAGUUGGUGACGAUGAGAAAGUCCGACCGUUUCUGGUACGAGAACGACAUCCCGCCGUCUGGCUUGACGGCGGCGCAGCUCGCUGAGAUCAGGAAAGUGUCGCUCGCCGGAAUCCUCUGCGCGAACACCGAGAUCCGCAAGGUCCAACCGAAAGCGUUCAUUCAGCGGGACCCGUACCUCAAUAGCAAGAUCAACUGCGAGCAAUACGAGCCGCUGGACAUCACAGCGUGGAUCGAGGAGCCGCUGCCGUUACCGGCUCUACAGCACAAUCACAUGAACCAUGUCGCGACCAUGACGACGAAGCUCACACCCGACAUCAGUCCUGACGUGUUGGCGGCGGCGGUGAGGCGAGCGGAGGAGGAGCUGAUCGAGCGCAAACAGCUCGAGUACAACGCCUGGCUGGAGCAGAGAAUCGCCGACCCGAAGUCACCCACCGGCACUGCCGCCAGCUUCUCCAAGGCGAACAGAGACGCCUUGCUGCUCGCCAACUCGUCCAUCAUGUACGAGUUGGCGACUAACGAGAUCCUAAACGGCGUGCACGGUCUGCGACGUCGAAGACGGCAGAUCUUCGACAGCACGGAGAACGUGCUGGGCUUCCCCAACAGCGACUUCUCCGACCUGCUGCAGAACGUCGACAUCUCCGGCUUCCUGCCGCAGCAUAAGGCGACGAAUCACGAGGAGGUGCAGUGCCCGGUGGACGACUCACCGUGCGACCCCACCUCGCCCUACCGAACCUUGUCGGGUCAUUGCAACAACCUGCGCAAUCCCACGCUCGCCAAGUCGCUGACGUCCUUCGCGCGCCUGCUGCCGCCCGCUUACGAAGACGGCGUGUCCAAGCCAAGAGCAACCUCGGUGAGCGGCGCUCCGUUGCCGAACCCACGAGUCGUCUCCACCGUUAUCCACCCGGACAUCUCGAACCUGCACAAUCGCUACACGCUCAUGGUCAUGCAGUUUGCGCAGUUCCUCGACCACGACCUCACGAUGACGCCCAUACACAAAGGCUUCCAAGAGUCCAUACCCAGCUGCCGCUCGUGCGACUCGCCGCGUACCGUCCACCCGGAGUGUAAUCCGUUCCCGGUGCCGCCGGGUGACCACUAUUAUCCGACCGUCAACGUGUCGUCGGGCGCGCGCAUGUGCUUCCCGUCCAUGAGAUCAUUACCGGGCCAGCAGCACCUGGGCCCACGUGAACAGGUGAACCAGAACACCGGCUUCCUGGACGCGUCGGUGGUCUACGGCGAGAACUCGUGCAUCUGCAACAUCCUGCGCGGCUUCAACGGCCGCAUGAACAUCACGUCGCAUCCGAGGCGCGGCAAGGAUCUGUUGCCGCAGUCGCCGACGCAUCCGGAGUGUAAAGCGCACUCCGGCUACUGCUUCAUCGGCGGCGAUGGCCGCGCAUCCGAGCAACCGGCGUUGGCGGUCAUGCACACCCUGUGGAUACGUGAACACAAUCGCGUGAUGGAAGGCCUGAGGCAGGUGAAUCUCCAUUGGGACGGCGAGAAGCUGUUCCAGCAGACCCGUCGUAUCAUCAGCGCCAUGCUGCAGCACAUCACCUACAACGAAUUCCUGCCGAGGAUCCUCGGCUGGAACGCCGUCAGCCUGUACGGCCUGAAGCUGUUGCCGCAGGGCUACUACAAAGAGUACUCGCCCACCUGCAACCCCAGCGUGCUCAACGAGUUCGCCACCGCAGCCUUCAGGAUCGGCCAUUCGCUGCUGCGGCCACAUUUGCCGCGCAUGGACCACAACUAUCAGAACAUCGACCCGCCUAUCCUGUUGCGCGACGGCUUCUUCAACCCCGAUAUGCUCUAUCAGGAAAACAUGAUAGACGAAAUGAUCCGCGGUCUGGUGGCCACGCCGAUGGAGACGUUGGAUCAGUUCAUCACCGGCGAGGUGACGAAUCACUUGUUCGAGCAGCACGGUAUACCGCAUUCCGGAGUGGACCUGAUCGCCUUGAACAUCCACCGCGCUCGGGACCACGGAUUGCCGUCAUACAACCAUUACAGGGCGCUCUGCAACCUCAAGAGGGCCACCACGUUCGAGGAUCUCUCGAGGGAGAUGGCGCCGGAGGUGAUCGCUCGCAUGAAGCGCAUAUACGCCUCCGUGGACGACAUUGAUCUAUUCCCAGGUGGCAUGAGCGAAAGGCCUCUUCAAGGCGGCCUGGUCGGGCCCACGUUUGCCUGCAUCAUCGCCAUUCAGUUCAGACAGUCGAGGAAGUGCGAUCGUUUCUGGUACGAGACCGACGACCCGAACAUCCGCUUCACCGAGCAUCAGCUGGCCGAGAUCCGUAAGACCACCCUGGCCAAGGUGAUGUGCGAGAACAUGGACCACCACACGGACAUGCAGCGGGCGGCCUUCGACCUGCCGAGUAAUUUCCUCAACCCGCGCGUACCCUGCCACUCGAUGCCGCAUCUGGACUUCUCCGCUUGGCGGGAGACGAGACACGGCUGUCAGAUCGGCGGGAGGAACGUCGCGGUCGGCGAGUCCGGCUUCCCCACGCCUUGCACCAGCUGCGUCUGCACCGCCGAAGGUACGCAAUGUGCCUCUCUGAGAGUCACGGACUGCAAUCAACUCCUGCGAGAGGCUUCUCGGGAAGCGAUCCUGCGGGACGACGUGUGCACCGCGCAAUGCGGCUUCGUGCUGGCGGCCACGGAGACGACCGCGAGGCUGCAGCAGUUCACCACGCCAAGCAACAGCUUCCCCGGGUUCUCGUCGCACCGGAACAAUCUCGGGAGCUCGCCGACGCCGACCUCGUUCAACGGCUUCAAGCUGCCCGACCUGUCGCAGUUCAUCGGCUGAAAGGCGCGCUUUAAUAAAGUGUAAACUCGUUGCUUACCGAUAAACAACACGCAGGAGACACACUGCCUUACUUAGAGAGACUGCACGGCAAAAAUCCGAUCCUCAAAUUUAAUUAAUCGGUCGAUUAAUCGAGCAGAUGCUGAAUAAUUGAUCGAUCAAUUAAACCCGUGCGCGAAGAAAACGCAACAGAAGAUAUCGUACGCUUCCCGUGAGGGACGCUUCAUCGGAAGAUAACAGAAUAGUACCUGUCGGCGUGUAAAUAUAGGUGAUAAGGCGCAAGUAUAAGGUUUACCGGAACACGAAGAACCAGAUUGCAUCAGCGAAGAGGAAAGCGACGAAGGGGGAAGAGAGAGACACGAGGAAGGAUGCACGGGAUACGGAGGAGGAUUGUCGGUCGGUUUUUUUUUUCCUUUUUUUCUUUUUCUCUUUACGAAAACGAAACCGAGCGCGCUAAACGAUGAGAGUCGCGGGUAUGGUGUUGCGAAUAAACGAGAUUAAAUUUAUCAUCUCAUGUUACACAUAUACGAUGGUGAUAUUACGCGCGGAAGUCGUGAUUGAGGAAGAGUA